AUGUCAGCCUUCUCUGAGGCGGCGCUGGAGAAGAAGCUGUCGGAGUUGAGCAACUCGCAGCAGAGCGUGCAGACCUUGUCCCUGUGGCUCAUCCACCACCGCAAGCACUCCCGGCCCAUCGUCACCGUGUGGGAGCGGGAGCUGCGUAAAGCCAAACCAAACAGGAAGCUUACUUUUCUCUACCUAGCCAAUGAUGUCAUUCAGAACAGCAAAAGGAAGGGGCCGGAGUUUACAAAAGAUUUUGCGCCAGUUAUAGUGGAGGCUUUUAAACAUGUUUCAAGUGAAACUGAUGAAAGUUGUAAGAAGCACCUUGGAAGGGUAUUAUCUAUUUGGGAAGAAAGGUCUGUUUAUGAGAAUGAUGUGUUAGAACAACUUAAGCAAGCUCUGUAUGGCGAUAAGAAGCCUAGGAAGCGAACUUAUGAACAGAUAAAGGUGGAUGAAAAUGAAAACUGUUCCUCUCUGGGAUCUCCAAGUGAACCACCACAGACUCUAGAUCUUGUUAGAGCAUUACAAGAUCUAGAGAAUGCAGCUUCAGGUGAUGCAGCAGUUCAUCAGAGGAUAGCGUCUUUGCCUGUUGAAGUCCAAGAAGUAUCCCUACUAGAUAAAAUAACAGAUAAAGAAUCUGGAGAAAGGCUUUCUAAAAUGGUAGAGGAUGCUUGUAUGUUGCUGGCAGAUUACAAUGGCAGAUUGGCGGCUGAAAUAGAUGAUAGGAAGCAACUCACUCGAAUGUUAGCAGAUUUUCUUCGUUGUCAAAAGGAAGCCCUUGCAGAGAAAGAGCAUAAAUUGGAAGAAUACAAGCGCAAGUUAGCCAGAGUUUCCCUGGUGCGCAAAGAACUCAGGUCCCGGAUCCAGAGCCUGCCAGACUUAUCCCGAUUACCCAACGUGACUGGAAGCCACAUGCACCUGCCCUUUGCAGGGGACAUCUACAGUGAAGACUGA